GGCCCAUCGUAUUUGGGGAUUUCAUAUCCAACACACGCUUCUCAAACCAAAGCGAUCCUCCACGUCUCUUCCUCGCUCUGCAAUCUUUUCGGAAUUGAAAACUUGAUCCUUAUGAAUUCUACAACUGCUGGAGUAUUCACCGUUUCCUGCAAAUCGGGAAACAAGAACAACUUCUUCUGUGCUCUGUUCUGCCUGCUGCCAAAAUUCCUUGGGACUUCUUUUGCAUUCAUGAACUACGUGUUGAUUAAGGCUGUUGAUAGGAGUCCCUCUGCACUAGUCAUUUAGAAGAUUUUGAGUAGGUCAAAUCAUAAUAACAGCAAUUGAUUUGGCCAUCUUUUAGUAUUUGGCAACAUGGUUUCCUCUAGGUUACCUGGUUUAGGAAACAACCAUGUGGGGAAAUUGUUCCAGACCGAUUUGCUUUUUCCUUUGAAUCCCUCAGAUGCCGUUGUGCCAGAUCCUCUUGAACUAGAUUUCUCUGAUGUUUUUGGCCCUCUACCAGUUCAGUCCUCAACCAAAGUCAUCCUGGAUGACUUAGGAAUUUGUAAUACAACUGCACCUGAUGGGAGCAAAUGCCUUUAUGAUGAUCCUGUUGUCAUUUACAGCCGAUCACAUUCAUUGCUUGGCCCAUCCUCUUGCAUUAGCGGAUCUCUUAAGCUUAGUAAACUAGCUUUACAUGAUGAAUGUGUCGAGGAGGAGAUGAUGAAAGACUGUAAUGAAUACUCCAUUGGUGAAGGAGUCACCAAGUAUUCCCUUGAUGACGUUGAGGGAGAUCCCAUAAUCGUACAAGCUGUGGGACUUGAAAAUUUUGAAGUCUUGAGUGUUGUUGGGCAGGGUGCAUUUGGAAGAGUAUAUCAGGUGAGGAAGAGGGGUUCAACUGAGAUUUAUGCAAUGAAAGUAAUGCGGAAGGACAAAAUAAUGGAGAAGGAUCAUGUGGAAUACAUGAAAGCUGAAAGAGACAUUUUAACAAAGAUAGAUCAUCCCUUCAUUGUUCAGCUGAAAUACUCAUUCCAAACCAAAUAUAGACUUUACCUUGUUCUGGAUUUUAUAAACGGAGGCCACCUCUUCUUUCAGCUGGCUCACCAUGGCCUUUUCAGGGAGGAUCUAGCUCGUGUAUAUGCUGCUGAGCUUGUUUCUGCUGUUUCCCACCUUCAUACCAAUGGCAUUAUGCAUAGGGAUCUUAAACCUGAAAAUAUUCUCCUUGAUGCCGAUGGCCAUGUGAUAUUAACUGAUUUUGGCCUGGCAAAGCAAUUUGGGGAAAAUGCAAGAUCAAAUUCCAUGUGUGGAACAGUUGAGUACAUGGCACCUGAAAUUGUUCAGGGAAAGGGCCACGAUAAGGCUGCGGAUUGGUGGAGCGUGGGAAUUUUAUUAUAUGAGAUGCUUACUGGAAAGCCCCCAUUUGUUGGCAACCGGGAGAAAAUUCAACAAAGGAUAGUUAAAGAUAAGAUCAAGCUUCCAGCAUUUUUGACAAGCGAAGCACAUUCUCUGUUGAAGGGUCUGCUUAACAAGGAUCCCAGCAAACGCCUGGGGAGUGGACCUUGUGAGACUGAUGAAAUUAAGCGCCACAAGUGGUUCAAGCCAAUCAAUUGGAAGAAACUGGAAGCAAGAGAAAUCGAGCCCAGUUUUUGUCCUGAAGUGUCAGGGAAGCACUGCAUUGCCAACUUUGAGAAGUGCUGGACUGACAUGCCUCUGUUGGAAUCUCCAGCUGCCACCCCCAAGACAAAUAUGAACCCUUUUGGAGAUUUCACCUAUGUUAGACCUGCUGGUGCCUUCCUUCAGAGAAAUAGCCCCAUAGUCUAGCAUUCAUGUAUUAUCUAUGUUUUUUUCCGUCUGCAAUAGCAGCGAAGAUUUGCAGAUGGUUAAGAUUUGUUUUAAGCCUAAGUUUAUACAACUGUCUGUCCUUCAUUAUUCACCUUUGUAAUUUCUGUAAACUGAUUGCUGUUUUCUCAUAAAUAACUGAUUACUGUUUUCAAAUA